AUGGUUUUCUCGUUGCUCCAGUCGGAGCCUGAAGACGACGAAGAAGAUGAAGACGAAGAGAAAAAAAAGGGGCACAAAAAGGGUGGACAUGGCGAACACCACAAGCAUGCAGCGAAGCACCACGAGAGCCAUGAGGAACCGGCUGUACAACCGGUACUUCCUGUGGCUAUAACGACGCCUGUGGCCCAAGCGCCUCCACACAAGCCGGAGGAAGACCACGACGAGGAGAAAUUUAUGGACAAAUUGUCUCCUGCGGACAAGGAGGCCCUGUUACAUGGGGUGAUCAAUCCGGCAGUUCACUUCCCGCUGCUCUUGCAUCUAGCGUGGAAACAGAGCAUCCGGGCGAUCAAGCAUCUGAGGAAGGCCACGAACCUCUUGGACACGAUUCGUGGUCACAUGGACGGCAUCCCGCGCGACGAAAAGAAAGUACCUUCUAUUUCUGCCGCCGUCACGAUCGACGUAUCGGGAAAGGCACUCUCUAUUGCUGAUAUUAACAAGAAACUUCGAGACGUGCAGACGGAAGCGCAGAACGUUGAAUCCUACCUAAGUAGCGCGAGGAGCCAGAUCAACACGAAACUGGCCAAGGUCAUACCUCCAGAACAGCAGCAACCUGCAGGUGCUGCCGCCCACUAG